CAACGGGGGAGGGGAGGGCAACGGUUCGGCCGCAUUCGGGGCCGCCUGCGCUCAUCAAACGCCGCUCAUUGAACAGACAAGUGAGGCGGAGCUGGUGUGGAAACAUUUGUUAUGCCGUAAUAUGCGUGAAUUUCUAAAGUAAUACCGGGGUUGCUGAAGCCCUUCCAAAAGAAGUCUGGAUCAUAACGCAGCUGCCAGAGCCCUGAGUGGGCUGGCGCAACCCGUCGUGCCCACUCAGUAUUGAGCACCAAACAUUCCACAGCGACGGGCAUCAGAGGGACGAUAUUACAUGCCAGCAUUUUUAGUUUUUUUGGAUUGGCCCCUUUAGGUUUCAAUCCCCCUUCCCCCCUUACACUCUUUCAUUCAUAAAGAGUCAAAUAUAUUUUUUCACCCUAGUGUGGCAGCCAGGCUGCCCCCCCCAAUCACAGAUGAAUGAAGACCCCAUUUGGGAAGAACGCGGCCCAGAGAUCCAGAGCUGAUGCAGGGCAUCCUGGUGUCUCUGCAAAUAUGAUGAAAAAAAAGAAUUCUCACAAGAAACACAAAAGCAGCGUAGGGCCCACUAAAGCCGUUACUCAGCCCAGACGGAAUAUCGUGGGCUGUCGUAUCCAGCACAUCUGGAAAGAGGGCAGCGGAGCGGCGUCACAGUGGAAAGGAACCGUUUUAGACCAGGUGCCCGUCAACCCAUCGCUCUACCUGAUUAAAUAUGACGGUUUUGACUGCGUCUACGGCCUGGAGCUGCACAAAGACGAGAGAGUGCAAGGAUUGGAAGUCCUGCCUGACAGACUAGCGUCAACACGCAUCAGCGACGCCCACCUGGCCGACACCAUGAUCGGCAAAGCCGUGGAGCACAUGUUCGAGACGGAGGACGGUACUAAGAACGAGUGGAGGGGAAUGGUGCUGGCCCGAGCGCCCAUCAUGAACACAUGGUUUUACAUCACAUACGAGAAAGACCCGGUGCUAUACAUGUACCAGCUGCUCGAUGACUACAAAGACGGAGAUCUGAGGAUCAUGCCAGACUCAAACGACUCGCCCCCAGCGGAGCGGGAGCCCGGAGAGGUAGUGGACAGCCUCGUCGGGAAGCAGGUGGAGUAUGCCAAAGAGGACGGCUCUAAACGAACUGGUAUGGUUAUCCAUCAGGUGGAGGCCAAGCCUUCCGUCUACUUCAUCAAGUUUGAUGACGACUUUCACAUUUACGUCUAUGACCUGGUGAAAACAUCGUAGGCAGCGACGCACUCGUGGGUCGAGGAGAGGGGGAGGAAUUUCACGCACCAUGUGACCCACAAACUUUUUGCCAAACGUUUUCUCUGAACAUUUCUCGUAACAUUUUUGGAAAUGGUACGGUGGAUAUUUCGGUGGGAUCUCGCAUUACCACUCGUCAAGUGUCUCUUAUCGUUGUAGGAUAAACGGAUAACUGGACAUCACAUCGCCCAACAUAAACGUAGCUUUAAAUUUCUACGUUUUCUCAAGCAUUUCCCAUUUCUGUUGUUGCCAGUGAUUAUUAUGACGAUACACCAUCAUUUUCAUCGGCUGACCGUUGACCAUUAGAGUAACAACAUUCCCGGGAACAUCUGGGUUGCAUCGAUGAUUCCUGACGUGAAUAUGAAGAUCUGUUGGACUGUUUCAUUUCUAACUUGGCUUACGGCGUUAUGUGUUACCCAAAAGUCUCUCUGUACGCUAUGAAAUACAAGCUAACGGUGUCCAGCAAUGAGAAUCGCCCCAAGUUGAAAAUCCUAUUUCUUCAUCAUUGUUUUUGGAUGUGUUGGGAGGAAAAAAGUAAAAGGAUUGCAGCAUUUAUCCUGCAGUAUUUUAAGGGGUUCGCAGAAAACGUGACCGCUCGGGGUGUCUUAAACGCUACAGUAAUGUGUGCGAAACCGCCAGGAGACGGAGGGCGGGAAGAUAGCGGUAGAGAGUGACAUCAGCGCUGAUGCCGUUGCACUUACUGCGGUUGCCAGAUAUUCCUUGUUUACCCUCCGUCUUCCUGAACUCGCCAGAAAGAUUUACGCACACGGGCGCCACCAUCAAUGUAGGCAUUUGUGGAGUGAAUUCCCAGCGUCUUGUAUAAUUUUUAUUUUUUUAUUUUACACCCUAUUUUUUUAUACAUAUAUAUCACCACCAAGUAAACGCUAAUGCAGCUUUUAUUAUCAUAAGCACUAAAUUUUAGAUUUGAGCGCUUGUUUAACUCCCCCUUUUUUUCAACGCAAUGUCAUGUCUGUAUAUUGUAACGGAACGUUAAUAUUCAUGUUUUUUUUAGCUUUAUUUAGUUUACAUUUGUUUUAUGGGUUUCAUUAAAUGUCGAAAAGCGUACCCUCUCUCUAUGUAUCAGAUGGCAUAGUGAGGACAUUUUGCAUUUGCAAAUUUCCCAAAGUAUUUCGAGAUGUUACAGAAGCCAGUCGCACAAAGUGUUUGAUCUCGAACAGGUUGGAAAAUGUUGAUGCAAUAACAGAAAAAGUGUUCAGGAAUUUCUUUGCGAACUGUGCACCCCAUUUUCGUCUUAAGUGACUGUUAGAUUAUAAUUAUUGAUUUUUUUAUCAGCCUUUGGGAGAUUUCUUUUGUCUCGUAUUCUCGAUUAUGACUCUCUGAGAGCCUAAAACAUUUGUGCCUCAGUAUUAACUUUCAUUGGGUUCCUGUGUGAGAGAGUGCGUGCGCGAGAGAGAGAGAGAGAGCGAGUGAGUGCACGCGCACGAGUGAUUGAGUGCGCUCGUGUGUGUGUGCGCACAAGUGAGUGUGUGUACGUGUGUGUGUGUGAGCGUGAGUUAGUGAGUGUGUGUGUGUGUGUGUGCGUGCGUGAGUAAGUGUGUGUGUGCGUGAGUUAGUGUGAGUGUGUGCGUGCGUGCGUGUAGUGAGUGAGUGUGUGUGUGCUAGCAUGCGUGUGAGUGAGUGAGUGUGUGUGCGUGCGUGUGAGUGAGUGAGUGAGUGUGUGCGUGCGUGCGUGUGUGUGAGUGAGUGUGAGUGUGUGUGAGUAAGUGUGUGUGCGUGCGUGCGUGAGUGUGAGUGUGUGCCUGCGUGUGAGAGUUAGUUAGUGAGUGUGUGUGUGUGUGUGUGUAAGUGUGCGUGCAUGCGUGUGAGUAAGUGAGUGUGUGUGCGUGUGUGUGUGUGUGAGUAAGUGAGUGUGUGCGUGCAUGAGUUAGUGAGUGUGUGUGUGUGUGUGAGUGAGUGAGUGUGUGUGUGUGUGUGUGUGUGUGUGUGUGUGUGUGUGUGUGUGUGUGUGUGUGUGUGUGUGUGUGUGUGUGUGUGUGUGUGUGUGUGUGUGUGUGUGUGUGUGUGUGUGUGUGUGUGUGUGUUCCCAAUAGACUCAUACAGAAUGACUGGAAGGCCUCUGAGGAACGUUACUAUGUUUGAAGAUAGCCUUGCAGCUACAUGUGCUUUUCAUUAUUCCUGCGUGUUCUGCUGUCGGUUCCAGUGUUCCUGUUUUAAAACCUGUUUUUUGUGCAUACAACACGCAACACUUCUCUGUUGUCCUCAGCUGAACAGGUCACACAGAGCCGCUGUGUUUAGCAUUUAAUGCACAACAACAGCAGUGUGACUCUCGCUCAGAAAUCUCCUAUUCCGCUCUAAAAUCAAAAGAAAUCAAUAUAUGAUUUUUUUCCAUUAAGAAAAUGAGGUCUAUGUUUAGGACCAGUAAGUUCAUUUGUAUUUGAAUGACUAUUAAGUGCAUUUCUCCCCCAAUUUGCAAUUACUACUUAUUUCUUAAUUCUGAAAUGAAAACAAAAUGACAAAAUGUACGGUGCAUAAUGUGUCCAGAGAUUUUCAAGGUAAUUUGUCCUAAUGGUGAUUCAUUAAGAUAAUAAUUAUUAUUAUUUAAUCAGCAUAAAUGAGGCAAUUGACUUAACACAUUAAAUACUAACAUGAUUUAUAAAUGCUUUUUUCAAUUAAAAUGUUUUUUUCUUAUGUACAAUAUUGAGAAUAUCAUUCUUUCACAUUGCAUUAGGCGACUGAGAAUUUGUGCUUAAUUGUCAUGAAAAUGUCACAAUGCAAAAACAUCUUAAUGAUCCUAAAAAUAGAAAUGGUUUAAUUUUCUGAAGCUUAUUUUUAGUACCAUUAUGGUUUUUUUUUUUUUAUGACAUUAUAAUGCAUUGCUCAUUUUCAAAAUACAAAAUGAAUAAAUAAUGGCCCAUAAUGCUUCAGGACAUUUAAUUGGAUGGUUUUUCAAAGUAUCAUUAUUCAAAAACUAUUUUAAAUUAUUAUUAGAGCAUAAAGCAUCUAUUAGAGGCAAUACAUCCACAUGAUAUAUAAACACUGCAAUUUAAAUAUAGCUUUUUUUUAACUACAGUAUUGAGAAAAUGAUUUUACAUGACAUUACGCUACUGAGAAUUGUGGGUGAAAUGUGCUUAAUUGUCAUAUAAAAUCAUCUUAAUUUUUGCAUUAAUUCGUUUUUUAAAAAUUCUGCUUUUUGGCAUUAUUUGUAUGACUCUUAGAUGCAUUUUCCCACCAAAUUCCAUUGUAAUACAAAAAUAAAUAAAUAAAUAAUUCUCGAUUUUCUAAAGUAUUAACUGUCCCUAAUGCCUCCGAACAUUUAGAUUUUCAAAUUGUCAUUUUUACAAUGUAAGAAUACUUUUUAUGUUAGAUUAGCAUAAAUUAGAGGCAUUAAAACAAAGAAUACCAUCAUAUAUAAAAUAUUAUUAACAAGUGAAAUAUUGUUUCACAACAGUAUUGAGAUUAUCAUUAAUUUUCACACUACAUUAAGUGAAUUUGCUUAAUUAAAAAUAGUAAAACAACUAAAUAUAGACCUAAUUUUCUCAUGUUCACAAGCAAACUAUUUUAUGUUUGUAUUUUGAUUUUGACGUAGAGAUUUACUCAAUUAUGCGCGUUCUGUUUGCGCUUAAUAUUCACUGAACUCUUCAGAUUUAUCUUGGAGAUGUUUGUGAUUCUCCAAGUAUUCGACCAUGAAACCUUAAAACAGAUGACCUGCUCAGCUUCCCAAAAAAAGCAUUGAGUGUGGUGACCUUAACGCAGAUGUAAACCUGCAGCUUGGGACUGUUGUUCCACUUUUACGUUUAAAACGAGAGCUGGGUCGCUAUUAAGAGACGUACGGGUCUCUAACUACGGUGUGCGCCGUCACUGCAGCUAUGUGUACUUACCAAGUCUCCUCUGGUAGGAUUGUGUCUUAUUCGAAAUUGAAAUCGGACGUGUCAAUAUGCAAAUGGUCACCCUUAGAAAAGACGUAUUCAAGGGAUUGGCCUUUUACAUGUAGCUACUGUAGUAUUGUACUGUGUUUGAUGUUAGGUCAACGUGGGGAAAAGAAAACUAGACCGUUCUUUUUGCAUGAUACGAGUAGAGUUGUUAUCGUACGCUAGUGUGACGCAUGUGUACCUGUCUUUUUAAUUUCGCCGAUUUGUUUCCUAAAUGAAAAGCUUACGUUUGUGUUGCUACUUGUGACGUUUUUGUUCUGGUUUUGAAUACAUUUCUGAAACAAACAAACUUUAAACUAAGUAUUUUAUUUUCUGCUAUGCUCUUAAAGGUCAAAUGCACUGGUGAUUGUGUUGGCGUGCCAAUUGGAAGUCAAGGUGCCAGUGUUAAACAGCAUUUUAGGGAUCAUAUCCUUUCGGACACAGUACAACCGUUCUGCUACAAGACAAAUCGCUUUGUUUCUAUGAAGAGUGCCAUAUUAAACGAAGAAAUAGGCCUUACAUGAUUGGGACAAAAUACAAUACAAAUCUAUAUGUUAGAGUGGGUUAAUGUGUGCAUGUGUGAAAUAUCACAUAUCUAAUUCAACCUUGUAGAUAUAGAAUGAAAUGACGGAUGUUGUCCUCAAUGCACACUUAUGUAUGGGGAGAGAAUGAACGUAUGGUCCCUUUAAGAUGCUGUUGCUUUAAUAACUUAUAUAAAAAAUGUAAAAGAAAAGAAUAGACAAAAAUGCCGUGCAAUUUGAUGAUUGUUGCAGAUACAUGUAUAGUUCAAAUUUCAUGUUCUUUCACGUAUAGAUAAAUGGCUUCUAUUGGACCGAAUCUGUUAUUUUUCUUCCUUUUUUUUUUUAACAUGUAGAUAAUUCAUUUUAUUUUCAUUUGAGUAUAAACACGUUUUAAAACCCUGUUGCUUAAUUCACCAAGUAAUUUUUAUAAUUAUUAUGUAAGUCUAUCCCUAUAAGAUUAAAAAAAAACUUAA